UCUCCUUCUCCAAGAUGGCGGCGGUCGGCGGCGCUGAGGCGGGAUCCGGGCGAGCCGAGUGAAGAGCUUUGUUGAACUAGCUGUUGCUGCAAAACUGCCGGGAGAAUCCCAUUGGUUUGCGUGGGGACCGCAAAAAGGGUGGUCCUGGGGGCUCUCUGUAUAAAUAACCCGGUGUUCUGGGUCCUCUUUGCGGGCGACCCAGUUGGAACGUGCCUUCGGGGUGCGAUCUUCUCCGUACAAGGCCCGUGUCCCCCCGCAGCUGUUACUUGUAUAUGUUCACUUUAUAUCAUGCAUUGGAGGAGCGACCUCUCCCCCCUCCCUCUGCCGGUUAAGCUGGUGGCCGGUUAUGUCCCCUUAUAGCAGAACCAAAAAAAAAAAAAAAAACAAACAAACAAACCCUCAGUCAAAGGAAAGCCUUUGAUUGGACAAAGCUUGUCAAAAUUCGUCCUGGUGGUUUUUUGGAAAUGUGUGUGGUCAGCCGAUCUGUGCGGUGGUCGUGGUUCCGCUCAGCUCCCUUGCAAUGAGAGGAUUCAGUCCCCAUCCCAGGCUGUCGGGAUCUCUGCAGUUUCCAGAGCUGGCAGGGGCUGUGAGUGCUGCAUAGGUAGGUUCCUGGAGAAGGGAGUGGCAGGAAUUCGGAGUCUCUGCGUUCCGAGUUUGGAGGCGAUCUCCACAAAAAUGACAAGACAGCACCUGCUCUAUCCUAGAAGUAAACAACUGUAGCAAUUCAGCAACUGGCAACAGCUGGCAAAGCACCUUCCUUUUCCUGCACUGACCGGCCACUUGGGUUCCUGGAGGAAGGCUGGAAGAAAACAGGGACCCUUGAACAUGGCUGUCGUCGCGGACUAGACCCGGAUUUCAGCGUUUCGCUCACUGCUCGGAUCGAGGGCCUUACUCUGUUCCCUCUUUUUCAGUACUCACGUUCUGGGAUGAAGAAAUUUGUUCACAACGAUCGCUGGGGCUCAGAUUACCGCAAAAAAAAAAAAAAAAAAAAAAUCACCUUCUGAAACUUUUUGUUUCAAUACUUCUCAUUUGGACCUGCAAAAUAAGAAUAAGCAACAUUAAACCUGGUCCUGUAGACGGGAAGGAGCCUGGACACAGUGACACAUUCACAAAGGCCCUGCAGGACCACCAUGGCUUAUGAUGACUCCGUGAAGAAAGAAGAUUGCUUUGAUGGUGAUCACAGCUCUGAGGACACAGGACUAGCUGCUGGCCGAAGCCAACGAGAAAAGAAACGUUCUUACAAAGACUUUUUAAGGGAAGAGGAAGAAAUCGCUGCUCAGGUCAGAAAUUCUUCCAAGAAGAAGUUAAAGGAUAGCGAACUUUAUUUCUUGGGGACGGACACGCACAAGAAGAAGAGGAAGCACUCCUCCGAUGAUUACUACCAUGGAGAUAUUUCGUCUUUGGAAUCGUCACAGAAGAAAAAGAAGAAGUCCAGCCCGCAGUCUGCCGAUACAGCCAUGGAUCUGUUGAAAGCUAUCACUUCCCCGCUGGCAACAGGCUCCAAGCCCUCCAAAAAGACAGGGGAGAAAUCCUCCAGUUCUUCAAGUCAUUCAGAGAGUAAAAAGGAACACCACAGGAAGAAAGUAAGUGGAAGCGGUGGGGAGCUGUCCCUGGAGGAUGGCGGUUCCCACAAAUCAAAAAAAAUGAAACCGCUCUAUGUGAACACAGAGACACUGACUCUUCGGGAGCCCGAUGGCUUAAAGAUGAAGCUCAUUCUCUCGCCAAAGGAGAAGGGAAGCAGCUCGGUUGAUGAGGAGUCUUUUCAGUACCCCUCUCAACAAGCGACGGUGAAAAAAUCCUCUAAGAAAUCAGCUCGGGAUGAGCAAGGUGCUUUACUCCUAGGACACGAGUUACAGAGCUUUCUGAGAACAGCCCGGAAGAAGCACAAGUCUGCCUCGGACCCACAUUCCUCUCCUGGCCCCGAAGGCGGUGGGUCGGACGCCUCCCAAUUCCCAGACUCCCACAGCGCUAACCUUGAUCUUUCAGGACUUGAACCUAUUCUGGUAGAAUCAGACUCGUCCUCUGGUGGGGAGCUAGAGGCUGGGGAGCUAGUGAUAGAUGAUUCCUACCGGGAAGUCAAGAAGAAGAAGAAGUCAAAGAAGAGCAAAAAGAAGAAGGACAAGGAGAAGCAUAAAGAGAAGCGACACUCCAAGUCCAAGAGAAGUUCGGGACUUUCGGCCACAGCAGCGGGAGAGGCCCCAGUGGCUCCCGGCCCUCCUCCCAGCGCCCCGCACGCUGGGGCGGCUGCCCCUCCCCCCACACUGCCCAGCCUCCACACGGACGGGCAUGGUGAGAAAAAGAAGAAAAAAGAGGAGAAAGACAGAGAGAGAGAGAGAGGAGAAAAGCCAAAAAAGAAGAACAUGUCUGCCUACCAGGUGUUCUGUAAAGAGUAUCGUGUAACCAUCGUGGCUGACCAUCCAGGUAUAGACUUUGGGGAACUUAGUAAAAAACUGGCUGAGGUGUGGAAGCAGUUGCCAGAAAAAGACAAACUGAUUUGGAAGCAAAAAGCUCAGUAUCUGCAACACAAACAGAACAAAGCAGAAGCUACAACUGUGAAAAGAAAAGCCUCCUGCUCGGAAGUUCCCGUGAAAGUAAAAGCUUCCUCUGCAGGAGUACUGUCUCCCCAGAAGAAAUCCCCACCCACCACCAUGCUGUUACCAGCCUCGCCAGCCAAAGCCCCUGAGACAGAGCCCAUUGAUGUCGCUGCUCAUCUACAGCUGCUGGGAGAGUCCCUAAGCCUCAUUGGACACCGCCUGCAAGAAACCGAGGGCAUGGUGGCUGUGUCCGGCAGUCUGUCAGUGCUUCUGGAUUCCAUCAUCUGUGCGCUUGGCCCCUUGGCGUGUCUGACCACACAACUACCUGAACUGAACGGCUGUCCCAAGCAGGUCUUGUCAAACACACUAGACAACAUUGCUUACAUCAUGCCUGGACUGUGACCUCGAGGAGUCCCGGGACAGAGACCUCAUCCAACCCCAUUGCUGGUUUGUGUAUAUGUGGAUGCGCCAGAUCACUGGUCUCCGGGUGUAGGUUUUAAAUUUUUUAUAUAUAUAUACAUAUAUAUAUACAUAUAUAUAUAAUGUACAAUAUAUACAUAGGACUGUAACUACUUUGCUUUUAAUAAUUUUAUGAAAUGGCAAAGGUUUAGCCAAGAGGAAACCUUGGCAUGAAUAUGGACUUGGGAUUCUUUUUUCUCCUGUGGUGGAUAAAUCUGCCUUAAAAAUCAAUGUAACUUGGGGGCUGGGGGCUUGUUCUGGGUGCCAAGGGCAUCUCUUUAUGGACAGCUAAAAAUGUGAUUUUUUUUCCAAACUCAGCUGUACCUCCAGACCCAUCACUGACCACUUGCCUUACCUGUCUCACAGUCUGAAGUAUAAUAGGGAAGAUUAUGGGAAGAUGCCAGUUGACUGAGAGAGUACAAAGCCUUUCAACUUGAAGUGACCUAGGCAGGAGGUGAUAAAAUCGUUCCCAUCUUCCAGUCACUGCAGUGGCUUAGGUGAACUUCAUAGGGGGUUCAUUCCGUUUCCUGCUCUACCGGUGUCUGUGUCUCAAAAUUUAUUGUAAUCAUUGGUACCAUUAGCAGCCUCAGUAGGGGCCGAGGAGUUACGUGAGCCCCAGCAGCAUGAAACACCUUGGAGAGGGUAAAGCUGUGACUGCACAAGUUGAACAUACAUUGUGAGCUGACCCAGAAUAUUCCAUCUGCAGAACUAAUUGCUGGUAUCUUCCAUUGGCAGCAUUUGCUUAGCCACCGAGUCCUCACAGGUUUUGCUGCUUAGUUGCUUGAUGGUUGUGGAAGAUGAACUUGGCCCAGCGUGAUUCUUGGGUUCAUCCAAUUGGCUCCCCUGGUGGGCAGAUACCCAGUGUUCUGCAUUCCACACAUAAGUGAAUUGCAAAAAAGUACUCGAUUCUCAUGUAGGUUUAUUUAUGUGCGCGUGUGAAUGUGUGUUUUAAUUAUGUGUAUUUAACUCUUUAAAAUCUCUUAGAUUUUAAUUUAUCCUGUAAAUUUCUGUAUAUAUAAUUUAAUAACAAAAGCCUCCACCAGCAACAGCACGUGGAAGACACAGAUUUGUCAUUUCUUCCCUCCUUCUUUCUUCUGAUCUCCACUGAAAACUCCCAAGUCAUUUACAUUUUAAGGUAUCAUGCCUCCAAAAGGAAUCACUAUGUCAGGAUUCUAAUUCUUUAUAAUUCAAUAAUGUCAAGAAAGUAAAAUUAAAAGGAAUGUUACCAUUCCCAGCUGCCCACUUUUCCAAAGAACCAGACUUCUGCUUCCCAGUUCCGAAGAAGACAGUUGAACGCUUGAGGGUUGUUUUCCAACUGGGUGUGAGGUUCCCUGCCAAAACUAAGCUCCGGGGGAACUGCGCUUUCUUCCCCUGGCCGAUGCACAGCACUACAGCAUCUAAGUAGAUCUUCGAGGACCCUUCAGCCAGCCUGCAUCCUACUUAAUCCCUUCCCUUCUCCCCACCCGAGGGGUCGCAGGGCUUUGUUUCCUGAAGGUGCUCUAGCUGCUGAUUGGCCCUCAGCUCAGAGCCGUGGGGAAGUUUAAUUGGGGAGACGGAAGGAAAUGGGUGUGUUUGGGAACCAAAAUCAAGAAGAGCAGAUCUGGGUUUGAUUUCUUGUGUCAGACCCUGUGCCACGCCUCAUCUGUACCGUGGAAGCUUCCUGUUUGACACAGGGUAUCAAGGAGGGGCCUUGAAGACAAGGAUUAGUAGGAAAGAAGUCAGUCAGUCCUACCAUUGUCAUUUGUGCACAUGAAUGAAAUCCUGAUGAGGACCUGCUUUUUGUUGGUUUGUUUUCCUUUAAAACCCAACCCUAUUGUAUUUGUAUUUAAAUUUGUACACAUUUGUAUGAUAAUCUGUACCUUGUGGUAUUUGGUACUAUUAGAGGAAAAACUUUGGAUUCAGACCUUCUUGCAGUUUUUAUAUCAUUGUUUUAUUUUGUUUUUUAAAUAAAUUCUAGUGGUUUGAUCCAAAUCCCAUUACAGUUGUAUAAAGAAAUAAAAUUUUGUACUUAUAUUAUUAAAAAUCACAUUUUUAAUAUUUGUA